GUUGUUUUAGAUUGCAAUUAGAAAACGAAAAUACAGUUCCUGCAACUCGUUUUGCGUGCAUACAAGUUACGCAAUAUACAUAUGCGCUAGUGUGUUACCCAAACAUAGUUGCAACGACACCUCAAGAGUAACUGUUUCGCUUAAUUGCUGAGCAUUGGGUAAUGCAAGAAAUGGAUACCCCCGAUUUAAAUCGUAGUGAUAGUACACGAAAAAGCUUCCGCCUGCCAACGCAUCGUAAAGGUAUGGCACCCACACCGCCGAUCAUUACAAAAGUCGAUUUAGACAUCGAUGACCAUAGUGAUGAAGCUGCUGGCAAAAUUGACGGAGAGCAGACAGCGGCUAGUGUCGGUGUUGUGGACGACACUUAUUCAGCACAAGGCUCGAACACUGCACGUUCCAUGGAAGACACAACAAUGACCACCAAAACUAGCACUGGCAAUACAGAAAUCAUAGCACGUUCCAAUCGUAUGACUUUACCAAGAGAUACUGAUAUUAUUAUAGAUGAAGAUGUUGUGCGCUUGCGUAAUAAGAUAACCACUACACGAAAUGCAGCUUCCUCUAUAGCACCGUAUACGUCGGUAUCAGCAGCCGUAACCCCAACAUCGAAGCUAAGCAAGGAACCCACCUUGGUGCUCACUGUCGAAGAUGAUGUGAAUGUGUCGUUUGCAUUGGGUUCGAUUGAGAAGCACAUCUUCGAAAUGGAAGAAAGUUUUAAAAAAAUGGAGCAUAUACGACAACCAAGUAUCGAAGAAUUGAAAAUGGAUCGAAAGAAGCAAAGUAAACGUUAUGGCGAAACAGAGAAUUUACUACAACCUGGCAACAGUGAAAUGGCGUCAGGCACCGGCUUCAGCUACCUUCCGCCGCCCUCUGACCUAGAAAACUCAAGUGACUCCAUUACCGACUUCCAACGUGGCACCGGCGCACGCAGCUCUGUUGGUGCAUACUCCAAAGGCGUUACAGCGCCAUAUAAAACCAAAAUUACACGCACAUCUUCCGACACCAAAAAUAGCGAAACAAUGGCAAUGCGUGACAUCAUAAAACAAAAAAAGAUUGUGGCUAAUAAAGAGUUGCCGCCGACACCACCCCAACCGAGUGUUAGAGAGAGUUUACGGUACAGUGGUAAUGAAUCGACGAAACGUAUUUUUGUGCCCUCGAACACAUCGCACCGAGUCAGUGUAAGCAACACCAACACCAACCCUACCGCCAAUACAGGCAAAUUGAUCUCGCAGACAGAUUCUGCUCUAAUCGAUAAACACCGUCAGGAGAAUUUAAAGAAGUUUGAGUCCAUGAUUAGUCAGCGGGCAGCGGCUAGUAAAAGUGGAACGGCCAGCAAGCAUGUGCCGUCGACGCGUAUUACAACCGUGCCGAGCGAGCGUGAGAGAGCGGUGGCAAGAACGAAUCAAAUUAUAACUACUACUACGCCCAAGGUAGCAGCCGCGCAGAUACCAGCAUCCGAAAGGGCGACGACUACAUCCAAUUCUGUGCAUACUACUGUUUACAAUAAUCGACACGUUGGCAAUGUUGUACAAAAUAAUCAGGGCUCACCCAAUAUGCAACUGCGUAGCAGUGCACCAAUGCGUUGGCGUGCCACAGAGGAACACAUUGGAAAAUAUAAGCUUAUAAAAACAAUUGGUAAAGGAAAUUUCGCUAAAGUAAAAUUAGCUAAGCAUUUGCCUACUGGUAAGGAAGUGGCUAUUAAGAUAAUUGAUAAAACCCAAUUGAAUCCGGGUUCUCUGCAGAAACUGUUCAGAGAAGUUAGAAUUAUGAAGAUGCUCGAUCAUCCAAACAUUGUGAAACUUUUCCAAGUUAUCGAGACCGAAAAGACAUUAUAUCUGGUUAUGGAGUAUGCGUCAGGCGGGGAAGUAUUUGAUUAUCUUGUCUUGCACGGCCGAAUGAAGGAGAAGGAAGCACGUGUUAAAUUCAGGCAAAUCGUAUCAGCUGUGCAGUAUUGCCAUCAAAAGAGAAUUAUACACAGGGAUUUGAAAGCUGAAAAUCUGUUGCUAGACAGCGAAUUAAAUAUAAAAAUAGCUGAUUUUGGAUUUUCAAAUGAAUUUACGCCCGGUUCUAAAUUGGAUACAUUUUGUGGCAGUCCACCAUAUGCUGCGCCUGAGUUAUUUCAGGGAAAGAAAUAUGAUGGUCCUGAGGUGGAUGUUUGGUCUUUGGGCGUAAUUCUGUACACACUAGUAAGUGGUUCAUUGCCAUUUGAUGGUUCCACAUUAAGAGAGCUUCGAGAACGUGUACUCAGAGGCAAAUAUAGGAUUCCCUUCUAUAUGUCAACUGACUGUGAAAAUUUACUUCGUAAAUUCCUUGUAUUGAAUCCAGCCAAACGCGCCAGUCUGGAAACUAUAAUGGGUGAUAAGUGGAUGAAUAUGGGGUUUGAAGAUGACGAAUUAAAGCCCUAUAUAGAACCAAAACAAGAUCUAGCUGACCCCAAACGGAUAGGUAAGACGGAGGCUCUAGUGGCAAUGGGUUACAACAGGCAAGAGAUUGAAGUUUCAUUAUCCCAGGUACGAUACGAUGAUGUCUUCGCUACUUAUCUGUUAUUAGGCAGAAAAAGCACAGAUCCCGAAAGUGAUGGUUCACGGUCUGGUUCAUCACUGUCGUUGCGCAAUAUGGGUGGAAAUGAUGCGGGCGCCACCACGAACACGUCCGCACAGAGCCCCACACAUCGUGGCGUACACCGGAGCAUUUCUGCUUCAAAUACGAAACCAAGUCGACGUGCUUCAUCUGGCGCUGAAACACUACAAAUCUUUCAACGUUUUAUCGCAGGUGUUGGCCCAACAAAUGCGGCAGCUGUUCCAACCACAGCCGCUCCUGGUGCUAUAAAUGCGGCGCCGUCCAACAAUAAUUACGGUGGAACUGGCUCGGGCUCAUCCGCUGAGCGCUCUUCAAUUAGUAGCAACUUCAAGCGACAGAACACUAUUGAUUCGGCUACAAUAAAGGAAAAUACUGCGAGGCUGGCAGUACAAAAUCACAGACCUACAUCAGCUACUCAAAAGCUUUUAACAACUGCAGAUACAACACUUAACAGCCCUGCGAAGCCGCGAACUUCUACAAAAUACGAUACGUCAAAUACUAAUCGCACUACCGUUGGCACAAGCGGUAUGAUACCACGCCGCUCAACCACUUUAUAUGAAAAGACUUCAUCAACUGAAAAAACGAAUGCAUUGCCAGCGGAAACAAAUGGAUCUGCCAACUCUACGGGAAAAGGCCAUGUUAAAAGCGCCUCUGUCUCCAGCCCUGGCUCGACCGCUGAGGGAGGAGUCGCUGUUUCCAAUGAAACACUCGGAACGAGAAUGACGUCGGCUGUUAAGUCUAGCAGGCAUUUCCCCAGGAAUGUGCCAUUACGAUCAACCUUUCAUUCUGGCCAAACAAGGACUAGAAACAAUGCUGCAUUGGAGUACUCUGGUACGAGUGGUGCAUCUGGAGACUCUCCGCAUCCAGGCAGAAUGAGUUUUUUCUCGAAACUGUCAUCCCGAUUCAGUAAACGCGCUUCAGCGACCGAGGAAUCGGCCAAGCCGCGCGUAUUGCGUUUUACAUGGUCCAUGAAAACCACUUCACCUCUGAUGCCGGACCAAAUAAUGCAGAAAAUACGAGAAGUGCUCGAUCAAAACAACUGCGACUAUGAACAACGCGAGAGGUUCGUGCUCUGGUGUGUACAUGGUGAUCCGAAUACCGAUUCAUUGGUGCAAUGGGAAAUUGAAGUAUGUAAAUUGCCUCGAUUAUCACUCAAUGGUGUACGAUUCAAGCGAAUUUCAGGCACCAGCAUAGGAUUUAAAAAUAUUGCAUCACGCAUAGCAUUUGACUUACGACUGUGACUCCACCAAACAAAUACCGACGCUGUUGUCUUUGCUUCUGAUACUACCACUGUCGCCACAACACGCUGUCAUCAAUCACACACCACAACAACAUCAACAUUCGCUCACCCAACAAAUAUCAAAACAUUUAACUUGUCCAUCGCCUCCAAUAUCAUAAAUGAAUCUAUUACAAAAAAUAAGAAACAAACCGAGUGCAACCAAAAUUGUACAAAUAAUAUUUUUCGCCACAAAAAAAUCAAUAAUUUCGCUGGCCACAAGAAGCCUGUGUUGUUACCACCAUCUCCACCAACUACUUCGAAUUCACAGUGCUGCUGUCCGGCUUUAGACCCAUUAGAUAUAAACUUAAAGAAUACAAAGUCGAAAUUGUCUCCUUCGAAGACAACAAUCAUAACGGACAAUGACAAAAAUUCAAUUAUCACAGAAAUUGUUACUGAUUCAGUAAUGGGCAAAUGCUCUACAGAAAUGUUGAAAAAUCCGAUCUCGCUUAAUUUGGUUACUAAUGCCAAUGUACAAGAAUUAUUGCAUUCACCAGCAGCGUCUACUACAAAAACAUUAAAAUCUAUUGCAAAAAGCAACAAUUCGACGAAAAAAACAUUGGUAGUUGAAAAAUUGAAAAGCACUAAUAGCGUAAUAGCACGAAAACUGUUUGCAACAAAAAAACUUGCGAAUAAUAGUAAUGAAAAAACUAAGGAAACACUAACGAAGAAGGAUUCGUCAGACUGGGAUGUCGAGACUACGCCAACUGCUACUGACACGACAUUGAAAGCAGAUAUAGCUAAAGAGGGCAGCAUGAUAAGCUCACUACUGCGUACAACAACGCUUUAAAUUGUUUAUUGAAAAUCAUACAUAUGCUUCAAAAAUGCGUCUUUAAUACUUCUUGCAAUCUCUAAAAGAGGAACAUCAUGUAUUUACAUAUAUGUAUGGAAAUAGCCCCAAUAAUAAUCUACCCCUGUUUUUAUAUACGCCGUUUUCAUGUUCAAUAAUUGUUAUUAUGCAUACCCACAUUACACAUUACACAUACAGACAUACAAUACAUGCAUGUAGAUUUCUCGAUUUUAUGUUGAAAAAAAAAAACCAAAACUAACAAAAAAUAUUGUGCAGUACUGCUUUUGUGUAUUCCAAAGGAUAUACGCUAACUCAGACAACUUUCUUGGGAGAUGAUUUUAAGGGAAUCUUCGUGCGUAGAAUUCGAAUAUGAGAACUUAUAGAAAAUCGAACACAAAAUUUUUUCCGUUAAACUGUGUACUAAACUUAAAAUUUCAUUAAUUCAAGUUAAUUGAUGUUCUUCGAAAGUUUGUCAUUUCGUUUUCUGCAAGAAAUAUCCCAUCGAAACCACCCUUUCACGCCAAAGUUGAAAAAAGUUAGAGGUACAUAUUGGUUUUGUUGUUUCUACCUGUAUAUGAAUGUAUGUAUGUUUUCGCAAACUUUAUUCAGCUUCAGCAAAAAGGUUCGUUUUAAGUUUGUAAUAAAAAAUGGCAAUCAUUUCUUUACGCAUGUAAAUCUAAUAGCUUUUUAAUAUGCAUACGAAUAAAAAAUAACAUUUUUAAAAGUUAA